AUGCUGAAACUAAUCUCAUUUCUUGUCACGGCAGCGCUGGUCUCUGCUGUGCCCUUUCGCCCUGUCGCUCGCCAGGGUAACGCUCUUUUCUCGAAUAGCACCGCUGGAAGUAGCCUGCUCGUCAGUGGUCCUGGUUACAUUACCGGUGUUUCAUUUACCAGCAAUGGCUCUUUUGAGAUAACCUCAAAUUAUGGCGCGCCCGGAACUGUACCAAGCUGGCUACUCCCCAAGUCCCCGACCGAGUUCUAUUCGGUGGACGAGAACAGCAACACUAUAAGUCUGAAUUUCCUGGAUGAGCCCAAGAGGAUUUUCACAACUGGCUCUGCCGGCCUGGUACACCUCGAGUAUAAUGCGGAUCGAACCAGGAUGCUUGGCGCCGCAUACGGAAGCGCCAAGAUUGACAUCUUUGACAUCACAGCCAGCAACGAGAGCUUCAGUCUCGUUGGAUCGAUAGCCUCCACGGACACCCCUGGUCCAGGGCAGACGGCAGGACAUCCCCACCAAGUAUUAUUGGAGCCAAGCGGCCGGUUCUUUGUCGUCAACGAUCUGGGCACCGACACGCUUCUCGUGCUUGAUGGUGCGAGCAGCGACUUCUCCGUCGUCAACCACUUCCACGUGACGCCUGCUGGAUGUGGGCCGCGGCACGGCGCCUUCUUCCCUCCUCCGGAUAGGGGCUUCAGCCAGGCCAGCCACUACAUGGUCGUCUGCGAGACGCUGAACCUCAUCCUGCUGUACAAGCUCAACUACACCAAGACGUCGAUCGACUUCACCCCAGUGCAGAAUAUUUCCACCUUUGGGGAGGCCUUCCCGCCUGCGAACGCUACCAGCGCUCGUGCCGGUGAGCUGCUUCUCGACCUCAACCUGCUCACGCGCCGGGCCGACGUCUACGUCACGAAUCGCCUCACCGGCAACGAUACAGACAGCAUCUCGCACUUUGCGCUUGCCGGUUCGACCGAUGGGCCGCUGAAUCUGAUGUUCUUGGACUCUGUGAGCUCCGGAGGGCUCCUCCCUCGCUCGAUCGCCCUGGGCGGUGACAAAAGCACGCUGUUCGCUACAAACCAAGGCGGCAAGAGUGGCCUGGCUGCGUUUGCUCGCGACAAGCAGACGGGCGUGCUGAGCCCUGAGCCGCUUGCGAGCCUGGACAACAGCGAAUUCAACGAUGGCCAGGACGGGUUUGGGCCGCAGUUUGUCGUGAGUCUGCCUACAACUACGGGCGACUCUUCGAGUCCGACCAGUAAGACGAUCUCAGCGUCAGCAUGCUAG